CAUACAGACUUGCAGGUGAAGAAGGUGGAGAUCACAUGUUGCUCAAAGGCAUCCUUACACACGUUUGGCAAGGACUUUGAACUUCAGUCCAUUAGCCGUUUUCUGCUGUUUCCCAGAAACAGGGCGUAGUCCUUCUACAAGUGGACUAGCUAACCAGCGGCCCAUAGAAACAUGACCACCAAUUCGGGCCCGGUACACCCAUACUGGCCCAGGCACCUGAAGCUGGACAACUUUGUGCCUAAUGACCUCCCUACCUGGAAUAUCCUGGUUGGCCUAUUCUCCAUCUCUGGAUUCCUAAUUGUGGUCAUGUGGCUGUUGUCCAGUCGAGUUUCCGUUGCCCCACUUGGAAUUUGGCGUCGACUGGCCCUGUGCUGGUUUGCUGUGUGUGCGUUCAUUCACCUUGUGAUCGAGGGUUGGUUCUCUGUAUACCAUGACAUCCUUCUUGAAGACCAAGCCGUCUUAUCCCAACUCUGGAAAGAGUAUUCCAAGGGAGACAGCCGAUAUAUACUUAAUGACGGCUUCAUCGUCUCUAUGGAGACUGUCACAGCUGUUCUCUGGGGACCACUCAGCCUGUGGGUAGUGAUUGCCUUUCUCCGCCAACAACCUUACCGCUUUAUCCUACAGCUCGUGAUCUCUGUGGGCCAGAUAUACGGGGAUGUGCUGUACUUCCUGACUGAGCUUCGUGAUGGAUUCCAGCAUGGGGAGCUCGGCCACCCCCUUUAUUUCUGGUUUUACUUUGUUAUCUUGAAUGGCAUAUGGCUGGUGGUACCUGCAAUCCUCGUGCUUGAUGCUAUAAAGCAUCUCGCUCACGCCCAGAGCAUGUUGGACAGCAAGGUUAUGAAAACUAAGAGCAAACAUAACUAAAGAGCAGUAUAGUGGGCUGGAACACCACCAAUGAGUCACCCUGCCCACCUCCCAGAAGACUCAAGCCCUCCUCCCACAGGUUGGAAGGUCAGAAGUAUCUGAUUUGUCGCACUCAGGCUGAUGAGUGGGCACAAAAAAAAAGCCAGUAAGGAAAAGUAGGGAAUGUGUGGAGCUUCUGCCAGAAACCGUUGAAGAAAAGAUAUGAGGAGGUGGGGGACGGGGGUCCAUUGAUGGUGGCAAUUUUCAAAACCGGGAAAUAAAAAUCUUUCAUUAUAA